CCCACAAAUUUACAUAGAAACCAAACCAAAGGAGAAAUGGAGCUACACCACCAUUUUAGCCAUCAACAUCCAUUGGAGUUCAUCGAACAGCACAACCUUAAAAGUGAGAAGGCUAAUUGCUCAGGAUGUGGGGAGCUGGUAUCAGGUCUAAGCUAUAGUUGUACGGAGUGUGAGUUUUACCUUGACAAGAAAUGCUUCGAGGCCUCCCCAGAGGUAAAUCAUCCGUUUCAUCCCAACCAUAGCCUUAAACUUUUAGCAAAUCCACCAUAUAUAGGUUCAUGGGCUAUUUGUGAUUUUUGUGACAAAAGAUGUGAGCAAUUUGUUUAUCAUUGUUCAUGUAAAUUAGACUUUCAUAUAAAAUGUGCUUUGUUUUCUAAAACCAUUGCUGAAAAUAAGGUUGGGGAGCUUGAAGGUGUUUCCCAAAAAGAUCUACUGGUCUCUUCUGAAAAUGGUUCUGAAGAACUUGAAGAAACCGAGUGCUUUGCAUGUAGGAAGCCAUUACUAGAUUCUCCAUUCAUUUCUUUUGAUUCUAGAUUUCACUUGCAUAAAAAAUGUCUUGACCUACCAAUUGAAGUCAAUCAUCUUAUUCAUAGUCAACACCCUCUUGUUUUACAAUUCAAUAGUCAGCGUCUCCCUUGUCAAAUUUGCCAAAUAACCCAACCGAGGGGACUUGUCUAUUGUUGUUCACCUUGUGAGUUUACCCUUCAUAUUGCAUGUGUUGAGCGACCAACUACACUUGACCUCCCAUGUCACCGUGAGCAUUCUCUUGUUUUACAGCUCAAUUUGAAAUCUCUCCUUUGUCAAAUCUGUCAUGAGACGCAUGAUUUGUCACCUGCUUAUUAUUGUUCCGCAUGCAAGUUUGGCCUUCACGUGCAAUGUGUAUCUCCAGCACCUACUAUCAAAGGUGAAAUUCAUGAACAUCCUUUCACCUUGUUUUGGAGACAAGUCCCUUUCAUUUGUGACGCAUGUGGAACGAGUGGAGAUUGUAUCUCUUAUAUUUGUUCUCCAUGUGGCCUUAUAGUUCAUGAAAAGUGCAUUUCAUUGCAACCCAUCAUCAAAAGGUUUCCACGACAUGGUCACCGAAUUUCCCACACAUUCAUCCAUAGGAAACAUGAGAUCAAAUCUUGGAAAUGCCAAAUUUGCUAUGAGGAGGUGAAUUCGAAGCAUGGAUGUUAUUGUUGUUCUGAUUGUAAUUAUAUUGUCCAUACAAAUUGUGGAAUAAAAGAUUACAGCUGGUACGACAUAGUCGAUGAUGAGUUGGAAGAAACAGGUGAGUUGCUUAACAAUUCAGCCUUUGUUGUUAUUAGAGAGACCAAGCUUGGAGAUAAUAUUGUCAUACCCACAGAGAUAAAACAUUUAAGCCAUCCUCACAACUUAAUUUUCAGCAAUGAUGUUAAGGAUGAUAAAUAUUGUGAUGGCUGCGUGUUACUCAUAUCGACUUCAUUUUACCACUGUGCACAAUGUGAUUUCUUUCUCCAUAAAUCAUGUGCCGAAUUGCCUAAGAAGAUGUACAAUUGGAAUCAUUUUCACCAACGUCCCCUCACCCUUGAUUUACAUGCUGUUCUUUUUUGUCGUCGUCGUCUGUUUGAGUUCAAUAAUUGUUUCUCCUCUGCUUGUAAUGUGUGCGAGGAACGUUACUGUGUUCAUUGUCAUCAAAUUUCGGAUAACCUCCACGUGUCAAGGGCAUGAACACCGCCUUUUCUUUUACGAUAAGUAUGAAGGGCAAUGCAAUGGCUGUGGAAAUAAUCUAGAGGAUGUGUAUGCUUGCAAAGAGUGCAACUUUGCUGUGGAAUUCGGUUGUCUAACGUUUCCCGAUAAGAUUCAACACAAGUGUGAUGAACAUCCCCUCAUGCAAUUUGUGAAAGAAGAAGAAAUGCAAGCCAUUGGUUUUACAGCUGUGCAAUUUGUGACAAUUCAGCCCAUAAAAAUUGUGUUAUUGAUGCAUACUCGUAUAUGAAGCUCGGAAAGACCUACACAACAAAGGAUCACCCACAUCCACUCACUUUCACCCGAAAGAUCUAUGACUACCCUCCUGAAUGUCAUAUAUGUGAGGAGCAUUGCGAAGAUCUAUCUGCUGAGUGUCUAGAGAAUGGGUGUAACUACAUUGUUCAUUGGAAAUGUAUAGACCCUUACAGAAAGUAUAUCUUACGGCGGUUGAAGUGGCAGCCCAAGGGAGAAGACAAAGGGGUUGAUGAUUGAUGGCACCCAACGCUACUUUCUGCACCCAAGUUUCUGGGAAAAAAAUCACUUUGUUGGUUGGGAGUUGAAAGUCCAUUAAUGUAGUUAUUGAAUGUUGUUUUAUAGUUUUAAUUGUAAAUAAAAUGUGAUGUUAGUGUUACAUAUUGGAAAAUAAUUUGGAAUUGGAAGAAUUACUAUGUUUUUAUAGUUUGUCCUUAGUUUUA